GGUUUGUCCAGUGCACGUUAGAAUUCAGUUGCAGUUGAAACGUCAGUGUCGUUGCACAAUGUUAGCUAAGUUAUUAGUCUUAAUUGUCUUAAUCGCGUCGACUCGAGCGGGCCUCCUGAGCGCCCCGUCCGCCUAUUCAACGAUCCAAACGCACGCGCCCGCUAUCGCUGCGCCGGCAUACGGCGCCCACUAUGCCGCUCCCGCUUAUGCCGCCCCUGCUUAUGCCGCUCCCGCUUAUGCCGCCCCUGCCAUAUCGUACGCUUCGCCGGCGAUAGCGACGCACGCGAUCGCCGCUCCCGCUCUUCCAGCUCUUCCCGCCCUGCCUGCCUACGCUCCGUCCAUCAUCAAAGCCGCCCCCGUGGUCAAAGCCGCUCCUGCCGUUGAUUACGUGGCAUAUCCGAAGUAUCAAUUCAAUUACGGAGUAGCGGACAGCCACACCGGGGACCAGAAGACCCAAAGCGAGGUUCGCGACGGGGACGUGGUCAAAGGGCAGUACUCUGUGGUCGAGCCCGACGGUACCGUUCGCACGGUGACCUACACGGCCGACGACCACAAUGGAUUCAACGCGGUCGUGACGCGAUCGGGACACGCUGUGCAUCCGGCUGCUCCCGCCGUGGUCGCUCACAAGGUGGUGGCUUCGCCUUAUAUACAGAAGGUUGUCGCCGCUCCGGCCAUUGCUUCGCCAAUUGGAAUAGGACAUGGACUAGGCGCUUAUGGAAGCCCUUAUGGCCUCAUCAAGGGCUAAAAACGGAUCCCAGCGAUUUAAAAUAAGUGUGCAUUGCCUUUGAGGUUGCAGCUGGACCGAAGCCUCGACUGCCAUAUUUAACUGCUUUCUUCAGCUGUAAAGCUCUAGGCGAGCUUUUGCCUUACAUUAAGGUAAAAGCACGCUUAGUGCCGAAUGCGCAUCCUCUCGAAAAGCCAGGGAAACCGACGGAGGAUUGGAGCCGCUCAUUUUUCUUACUUCAAACUUCGUUAGGUUUUUUUCUUUGGAUGGAUAACUUACGGAUACGACCGCUAUGCCAAAUGAUUAGUGAUUUUUUUAAAAUAUAUCGUGUGUUGUUCGUCUGCGUGCUUGUAAUAUUUAGGUAUGUAAAUAUAGUAGUACAACUA